AUGGAAAGGGAAGAACAUAAAGAAUCUGCAAAAUCUCGAUUCCAUUUACCAAAAAAUGAUCAAGAUAUUGAUAGAAUGCAAUUACAACAUUUUUUGUUCAAACAUAUUUGGAAUGAUGAGAAUUAUUCUUCUCCAAUUGAACAAAUAUUAAAAUCAGGCGAUUGUAAGGUUUUAGAUGCUGGUUGUGGACCAGGUGCAUGGUUGCUUGAAAUGUCUACACAACAUCCUUUAACAAGAUUCUUUGGUGUUGACAUUGCAGCAGUGUUCCCGUCGGAAAUAAAACCAACCAAUUUAAAUUUUCAUCAAUGUGAUAUAAAUCGAGGUUUACCUUUUAAAGAUAAUUACUUUGAUUUUGUCAGGAUGAGUUUAAUGGCUACAUCCCUAAAGACAGAUCAAUGGGUUAAUGUCAUAAGAGAAUUAGUAAGGGUAUUAAAACCUGGGGGUCAUUUAGAACUUAUAGAAAGAGAAUUACAAGUGUAUAAUGCAGGUCCACAUUUUACAUUUAUGAUUAAAAAUAGUAAGUGUACAAUUUAA